AUGUCUCUUCAACCAUGGAACACAGCACCGGGUCGCUCAAUUGAUAUUGAGCUCGGAGGACAAGAAGUCAUCAACAUUGAACUUGAUACUCUCGAUGCAAAUGCCGACGAUGUCGUCGAGGUACUCAAAGAAGGUCGACCGAAGGUCAGCGUCUGGACGCGUCUCGCAGGGGAAUACCUCCGAAGAGGGCAUUUGGAUGCAGCGGAGAAGAUUGCGAAGGAUGCUGUAGCUUGUUUCACAGAACCUGGAACGACUCAUCCUCCGUCAUUGCCACCUCUCUAUUCCCUGCUGGCAAAUAUCGAACUUGCCAAGGCUCGGAGAGCUCCCAAAAUGAAGCUUGCGAACGCUCGUCAGGACAUUAUGACCCAGGAAAAGUCGAGAGACGAGCACAUGCGAGAAGCGACUCGAUACCUCAACGAAUGCGAAAAGACGUGUAAUCAAGAAGGCAUUCCACCAUCACAACUAUUCAUGCUCACUCGCGCUACAUAUCAGCUCUCGAACCGGUCUCUUGACGAUGCGUUACGGGAGUUUGAAGCCAUCCUAUCUGCCUAUCCUAGGAAUUUGAUUGCACUGAUGGGCAAGGCUCGAAUAUUAUAUGCUCGACGUCAAUUCGCCAUGUCUCUGAAGGCCUUCCAACAAGUUCUCCAACUGAAUCCAUCAUGUCUCCCUGACCCUCGUAUCGGUAUUGGUCUUUGUCUCUGGGCCUUGAACCAUAAAGAGCAGGCAAAGGCAGCUUGGCAGCGCAGCAUUGAAGUUAACCCCUCUGAAUGGUCCGCUCACGUUCUCCUAGGCCUCGAGGCCCUCAAUACGAGCAAAAGUCCUUUAUUGUCGGAAGCUGAACGCGCCCAUGAGAUCAUGACUGGUACGAAAUUGAUUGAAAGCGCUUUCAAAGCGAACCAGAGGAACGCGGCUGCCGCAAACGCGCUGUGCGAUAUUUUUCUUCGUAAGGGCCAGUACAAACGAGCUCUCAAACUGGCCGAACGAACUAUUCAAUUCGCAGACACAGUGACGCUCCUGAAUGAAGGCUAUAUUCGCGCCGGUCGUGUCUGCCAUUCGGAGGGCUCCUAUGACGAUGCCACAAAACACUUCAAGGUCGCUGCAAGCGGCAUGCCGAAGAACGUCCUCGCGGCUAUCGGUCUUGCCCAGAUGCAGAUGCGCAACGAUGAAAUACCCGGCGCCAUCCAUACUCUCGAUACCCUUCUCCAACCUCCGAAUCCCCAACGCUCCCUCGAGGCAACCGUCAUGCUUGCUUCCCUCCGUGCUCAUCCACGACCCGGUGUUUCAUCAUCUGACGCAGCGUCUGAAAAAAUCCGUGCUCGCGAGCUCUUCGAUCGUGUGGCUAAGGCCAUCGAACAAGGGAAUGACCAACAUGCCCUCGCCACCUCCAAUGGCCGUCAGAACGGUCAUUCAGCUCAAUCCCAUCAACCUUCAAGACUGGUCGCGAACGAUAUACAAAUGCAUAUCGAGGUCGCGAAGUUGUGGCAGAACGAGAGUCUGGACAGGACAGGGAAGGCUUUCUCGGAGGCGUUGAAGAUCAGUGAGGCGUCGCGGGGUGAAGAUCCAAGGUUGUUGAAUAACCUUGGGGUGUUGGCACAUUUAGAGGGAAAGACGGAUGUGGCGAGGGGGUGGUACGAGAGGGCUUUGACGGGUGUUAGUGCGCUUAGCGGUUCGGCAGCUGGUGUGAAGGGUGCGGAUGGGGAGGCGAUGUCGACAAGCAUCCUCUAUAACCUGGCGAGGAUGUACGAGGAUGUAGGUGAGCAUACUAUGGCGGGUGAAGCGUAUGAUAAGCUGUUGGAAAGACAUCCGGAAUAUGUGGAUGCUAAAAUCCGACAAGCACACAUGCUCUCACAUCUGAACAAGCAAAACGAAGCCCACGACCUCCUGAAACAAUGUCUCACCUCCCAGCCUUCCAACCUCAACCUCCGGUCCUAUUAUACUUACUUCCUCAUCCUCUCCAACUCUACCAAACUCGCCCGUGACUUCGUCUUCGCUACCUUGAAGGAUCACGACAAGCACGACGUCUACGCGCUCUGCGCCUGCGCAUGGGUGCACUACCACAUCGCGCGCGAGAAUCGCGACACCUCGACCAAAGGCGUCGAGGAGCGUCGGAAGUUCUUCAGCCGGAGCUCGGAGUUCUACGUGAAGGCGCUGGAGAUGGACCCGACUUGUGCGGUGGCGGCACAAGGGUUGGCGAUAGUGACGGCAGAGGACGCGUUGGGGAGUCUUGGGGGCAGUUUGCCACCGGGGCCACAACCGGAUGAUGCGCUGCGGAGGGGACAGAAUGCGAGGGAGGCGUUGGAGGUGUUCGCGAAGGUGAGGGAGUCGAUGGAUGAUGGGAGCGUGUACGUGAAUAUGGGCCAUUGUUAUUACGCAAGGGACGAGUAUGAUAGGGCAAUCGAAUGCUACGAGACGGCGUCGAGACGGUAUUAUAGCGGUCAAAACGUCCCGGCGCUACAGUGCUUGUGUCGGUCGUGGUAUGGCAAGGCCAACAAAGACCAGUCAUUCGUUGCGAUGAACACCGCUCUCACAUACGCCCAGAAGGCCCUCCACAUCCAACCUUCCGACAAGUCCAUCCUCUACAACAUCGCCAUGAUCCAACAAAAAGCGGCCGAAAUGCUCUUCUCCAUCCAGCCCGCGAAGCGUACCCUGAAAGACCUCCAGCGCGCAAUCCAACAGGCCGGGCACGCCCAGAAACUCUUCGCCACGCUCGCUGCGGACCCUUCGUCUGUCGUCCCGUACAACAAGGAUAUCGCGGACCAGAGGAGGAAGUAUGGUGAGAGUAUGUUGAGGAAGCAGGACGAACAUUUGAAACAGCAGAGGGAAUACGAGGAGGGGGUGAGGAUGAAGUUGGAUACUGCGAGACAGAGGAGGCAAGAGGAGAAGGAGAGGCAUGAGGCCGUUGCGCGUGAACGUGUUGAUGCCCUACGGAAGGAAGCCGAAGACCUGGCAGAACAGCGCCGCAAGGCUCGUGAGGAAGCCAAGGAAUGGAGCAAGAACGUGCAGAUGGAGUCUGACGACGAGAGGGAACGAAAGGCGAAGAAGGCGGCCAAUAGGAAGGUCAAGUCGGAGGUCGUGAGCGCGGACGAAGGCGCCAACGGCGAGGGGGCACCGAAGAAAAAGAGGGUGAGGAAGGUGAAGAAGGAAAAAGGCGCGACGAGUGGUAAGGAGGGCUCCGAUGCGGAGGAUGGGGCUCUGUUUUCGGGUGGCGAGGAGGCGGAGAAGCCGGUGAAGAAGGUUCGUGAUCGCACGAAGAAGCGUGUUAUUAGGGAUGACGAAGACGAAGAGCCUGAUAGUGCGCCCUCACGGAAGAAACAGUACAAAAGCAAGGAGAUCAUUUCUUCGUCCGAUGAAGAGAUGUCAUAA